UUUAAAGCUCCACGCGGGGCAGCGCGUGUUUCCUGCGUGACAGCGGCUCGACAGAGCAUGAGUACGCAGUUAGAGAGCUCGCCGUGCUGCCCGACGCAGCAGCCUAGCAGUUGGUCUGUUCCCCUAUGGCCCAGUCUUGCCGAGUUGCCACUGGAUGCUCUGACCAACCAGAGCUCGCCCCACCUCUGUGUCCCAGAGCCAUGGCUUCUUCCAGGUUGCAGCUCCAUGUAUGAAAGCUUGGUUAGUAACUCAGGAUCAAGUUUAUCCCUUCAUGAUCUGACCAUUGAGGAUGAACAUGGUGCUUUCGCAGAGAAGCCUUGCAGAUCAUCAAUUCUGGAACGUUGUAUCCUGAGGGUGUCUACCUCCAGUGUGGCUGUGGGGACAGAGGACGUGGAUGGGUUACGAAGACCCCGGUCUGAGAUGCGGUGCGCUCGGCCUUUGGAGCCCUCCUGGUGUGAGACCAACGAGUCUGUCCUGAAGCGCAGGCAGAAGCAGAUCCAGUAUGGGAAGAACACUUGUGGCUACCAGAACUACUUGCAGCAGGUCCCCAAACAUUUGCGUAUUCCUGGACUUCACCCCCGUACCCCCAACAUGUACCGAAAGUACAGCCGACGCUCCUGGGACAUGCAGGUUCGGCUUUGGAGGAGGGCUCUGCAUGCCUGGGAUCCACCUUCCCGCAGCACCCAUCCCUCUGUAGAACCCCGGAGAGACAUGGAGAGACGAGAUGUGGUGGACCAAAUACAAGGGCUACUGGAGAAGAUGAGUACAGAGCUGCAUGGAAUGCCACAAGGAGGAGGACUGGUGUUAGAUGGUAGGAGCUCUUCAGCUCCAUUCACUUCAACUCCCCAGGUUCCUCUGGACAGUUCUUGUAUUUCAGAUCAGGAUAACGCCAAAGCAUUGCCGAUGCCACUCUCUCAGCCCAGCUCUACAUACUCUUUCCGCACAGAGCUUACGGACGACGAGAAUGUGGUUGAAUGGUUGCGUUUCCUGCUUGAGACGGAUCAAAACCAGGGUUAUCGGGCAGAACGGCCUGGACACAAUGGCCCGCUACCAUGGAGCCUGUAGUGGAGACUGCAAGUCAAGAUGCAGUGGUUCCUAAGUAUUAGGACAUGGUGUAAAGACACUAACUAUGAAGAUGUUCUGCUUUGCAGUUUACAUGCACAUAUAUGUGCACACAAGUCUUUGGCCUUCAAUAUGCACUGCAAGUUUUUUGGGUCUUUCAUUGGCUCAAAUUUUGGCUGUCACACUGCUUUGAAAGGUUCUGCCUUGACACAGGUGAUGUUCUGAACCACAGAAAUGCUCACUUCAUUUUUGCACAAGCCUAUUUUAAUUGAGCUGCAUCUCACCAUAGUCCAGUCCAACUAAGCACAUUUCAUUCCACAGGUCUAUAUUACUAAGCCUCUGAUGGGUGAAUGGAGGAAAUUUUUUUGUAUAUUUUCUACUUUACUAAUAUGAAAUGUAAAAUAAAUGUUCC